UAAAUUGGAUUCACAAGGAAGAGGGGGAGAGAAAAUGAAUGAAGCGGUGCGUAGUUUCAAUGAAAGUACAGUAGUAGGUAGUCUAUUCCGUAUGGGGUACCUGCAACUUGCUUUCUUGCCACCGCAUUUUGCGCCACUUUUUCUCUCCCGCCCCCCAACACCAACCCAGCUCUCUCUCUCUUCAACUCUUUGAUUCCUUCCUUUCACCAACCAACACGUCACGGAUCCCUUCCUCUUCUUCUUUCUUCUCUACAGUUGGUCAGAGACGACCAUUCAAUCCGUGACCAACUCAGACUUAGUCUUCUCUUUUCUUUCUUGCUAACAAACGCGCAUUCCCCAUUUCUCUUUUUAUACCAAAUCUGUAAAGACAUUCGACUUUUCCUCAUGUCUCUUGCACACCCUUUCUCAAAGAAAGUUGGCAAGUGUUCCCCCUCAACUUGGAACGGAUAAAAAUCAAUCGGACUAUUCAAAGAAAGUUAACAGUUUUCUUUUUGUUUUUUUAAUCAAGAAUUGGUGCUGCUUGUAGUGAGAAGCUAAGAUCAGUUUGACAGGUAAGGGAGAUAAGAUAUGGUAGGAUUCCAAGCGGUUCCAGAUGAUGGUGGGAUAGCAAGGAGGCUUUGGGUGAAGUUCAAGAACGAAUCUCUAUGUGCUCUUUAUACUCCUUUUGUAGUGUGUUUGGCAUCUGGGACUUUGGACUCCAUAUCAUUUCUUCACUGUAUCUCUCAAGAUGUCUAUUUCCUUCAAGCUUUUGCUCACGCUUAUGAACUGGCGGAGGAUUAUGCAGAUGACGAUGAAGAUAAGGAAGCUAUUCGUGGAAUGAGAAAGCGUGUGUUAAGGAAACUUAAAGAUCAAGAUGACCUUGUACGGGAAUGGGGCUUUGAACUUCCAAAAGCUAGCACUUGUGACAGUGCCACAGCUAGAUACACCGACUUUUUGCUUGCCACAGCAGCAGGAAAAGUAGAAGGGGAAAAAGGUCGUGGUAAAAUUGUGACUCCUUUUGAGAAGACAAGGCUUGCUGCCUAUACACUUAGUGCAAUUGCACCGUGUAUGAGGCUUUACAGCUUUCUUAGCAAGGAGAUUAAGGCUGUUCUAGUCCCUGAAGAGAGCAAUAACAUCUAUGAGAGAUGGAUCGACUGUCUAUGUUCAGAAAGUUUUGAGGCAAAUGCUUCAAGGAUUGAGGACUUGCUGGAUAAACUAAGUGUUACCUUGACUGGCGAAGAACUUGAUGUUGUGGAAAAGCUGUAUCACCAAGCUAUGAAACUUGAAUUGGAAUUCAUCUCUGCUCAGCCAAUUACUCAAUCCACUAUAACCCCCAUUACUCAAGUCCAAGAGCCAGCAGGAUGCAAUCUUACUCUGUUUUGCGAUUUUGACAUGACAUGCAGUGCUGUUGAUUCCUCUGCCCUUUUGGCAGAUGUUGCUAUCAUUGCAGCAGCAAAGAGUGAUCUGGAUGAUUGUGAAUCCCCAUAUGUUCAUAUUUCUGCAGCUGAUCUUCGGGCCACUUGGAGCAAUCUUUCCAGCAAGUAUAUUGAGGAGUAUGAGCAAUGCAUUGAAAGUAUCAUGCCUAGUGAAAAAGUUGGGAAAUUUGAUUAUGAGGGUCUGUGUAAAGCACUAGUGCAGCUAUCUGAUUUUGAAAGUAGAGCAAAUGAUAUGGUGGUUCAUUCUGGUGUAUUAAGAGGGUUGAGUCAGGAAGACAUAAAACGGGUUGGGGAACACCUCAUCUUCCAAAACGGUUGCAAAAAUGUUUUGCAAGACGUUUUGGGAAGUAAAAACAUGCACGCAGAUGUUCAUAUUCUGUCAUAUUGCUGGUCUGGAGAUCUCAUCAGAUCAUCUUUUUCAUCAGGGGCCUUACCAGUGUUAAAUGUGCACUCAAAUGAGUUACCUUAUGAAGGAUCUGUUACCACUGGUGACAUUAUUAAGAAGAUGGAAUCUCCUAUGGACAAGCUUCAAGCCUUUAACGACAUCCUGAAGUCCCAUGGGAAUAAUGGCAAACAUACUACUGUUUAUGUUGGUGGUUCAGUUGGUGACUUUCUUUGUCUGCUCAGUGCAGAUGUGGGCAUUGUGAUUGGUCUGAGUGCUGGCCUCAAGAGACUAGGUGUACAGUUUGGUAUUUCAUUUGUUCCAUUGUUCUCUGGUUUGGUAACAAAACAGAGAGAACUAGCUGAAGGUGGCUGUUCUGGUUGGAGGGGGAUGUCUGGUAUUCUUUACACCGUCUCCAGUUGGGCUGAGAUACAUGCAUUCGUUUUGGGAUUAUAGACUUCCAAGCCCCCAGCCUUUUGUCUCCUGCCUGAAGCAUGAGUCACAGGGAUCGGGGGGUCGGUAAAUUUAUACGAGAAUAACAAGCAUAUAGAUAGGUUAUAUCAUCUAACAUGUGGCUAAUCGAAGUGGAUUCCCAUGUGUCAGUUCUUGCUCAUUUUUUCGUCGAGGACUAGUAGCCCGUGUCAAGUUGUACUAUACUGGGUGAUAUUUAGGGCCCAAGACAAUUAUAGUUUGUCUUCUUUGUGCAACUCACCUCUGGUCCAGUGCAUUGGCCUCUUGUUUAGCAGGCUGAUUACUUUUCUCUGACUUUUAAGAGAGAGAGAGAAAGAAGUAUGAGACUCAUUGAGGGAGUGUUUACAGUGAAUUUGUUUGUGUAAAUCCUGAAUGCGAGGUGAUUUUAUUAGGGAUCUCAUGUUCAGGAUAUUGUUGCUUAAUUUUAGUCUGGCAACAUGGAAAUGUCAACUGUUUUAUCAGUUUCAUUUACUUGUGAACUGAACAAAUUGGUUUGAAUUGUUGUUUUUUGCUAUCUUUUUUAUCGGGAGUAAUGAACUAAUGAUGGGAAUAUUUUAUUUCUCAUGUUGUUAAAUGUUAUAUCUCAUGAGAGAUUUGAAGGGAAAAGCUUACCUA